AUGGCCAAGGCAUCGGCUUCAUCGCCAGCGUCGUCGCCAGCAUUGAAGCGCGCGACGCCCAGUACGCAGAACAUGCGUAGCCAGAAGUCCAUCCUGGGCUUCUUCCAAAAGUCGUCCCCCGCGACGCCCUCCACAAACCGCGUACGCGAACCGGCUUCUUCUCCUGCGCAAAGGGCAGCAGAGCAGCGAGGUGGGAGCGCAGUGAAAGCAACACCAAAGGACAACAAGCGGAGCUUUUCGAGCUUUGCUCAAGACUUGAGUCCGGUGCCCAGUAGUGACCUUCCGAUUCCUGAGGAGGAAGAAAAGGAAGAAAGUGGGAAUGGGGUGAAAAUCACCAAAGAAGAGUCGAAUGCUGCCAUGUCUCCUUCGCGUCGAGGUCAGAAGAAGGUUAGCUACAAGGAAUCGGAUUCCGAGGGUGAAGACGACGACGAAGUCAUCUUCCGUCCCAAUCGCAAGGAUCGCGGUCGUGCCACCAAGAGAAGGAGGACGGAACCCGAGAGCGAGGAUGAGUUCAAGGAAGCCGAGGAUGAUGCAGCUGUUUCGGAUGAUGAACUGGACGAUUUCGUCGUUGCGGAUGACUCCGAUGAGGAGGUUGUCUCGUCUAAGAAGCCUAAGAGACCUGCUACGCAAUCGAAGCGCAAAUCUGUCGCCAAAUCCUCGCCCCCACCUGCUCCCUCCUACGACGAUGACCUAGACAUGGAUAUACCCGAGGGAGAGGGCUCAGCAGGAACCGCGAAGAAAUGGGCAUUUGAUCCAGAGAAUAAAGAGCCUCGCAAAGAGAAAGCGGCUGUUGCCUCUACCAAGGCAGCCAAUGCUAAAAAAGAAAAAGCCCAUGUCAAAGAACCGGAGCAGCGGUACUCGUGGCUUGCAUCACAAAAGGAUAUGGAUGGUAACCCCAAGGGCCACCCCGAGUACGAUCCUCGUACGCUCUACAUUCCUCCCCUGGCGUGGUCUCGCUUCUCGCCAUUCGAGAAGCAAUACUGGGAAAUCAAGCAGAAGUUCUGGGACACCGUUGUCUUUUUCAAGAAGGGAAAGUUCUACGAGCUAUACGAAAAUGACGCCACGAUUGGACACCAACUGUUUGAUCUCAAGCUGACAGACCGAGUCAACAUGCGAAUGGUCGGCGUCCCUGAGAUGAGUUUGGAUCAUUGGGCCAACCAAUUCGUGGCCAAGGGAUACAAGAUCGCUCGUGUUGAUCAAUCCGAGUCUGCCCUCGGCAAGGAGAUGCGCGAGAGGGAAGGCAAGAAGCCUACCAAGGAAGACAAAAUCAUCAAGCGAGAGCUUGCAUGUGUUCUUACAGCUGGUACCCUGGUCGAAGGAUCAAUGCUUCAGGAUGACAUGUCCACCUACUGUGUUGCCAUCAAGGAGGCCAUUGUGGACGAGCUCCCUGCAUUCGGAAUUUCGUUCGUAGACACAGCCACCGGCCAGUUCUUUUUGUCUGAGUUCCAGGACGACGCAGACAUGACCAAGUUCGAGACUUUCGUGGCACAGACUCGCCCCCAGGAACUACUCUUAGAAAAAUCCUGUGUGUCUACCAAGGCCAUGCGGAUUCUCAAGAACAAUACUAGUCCCACCACGAUUUGGAACUUCAUGAAACCUGGCAAGGAGUUCUGGGAAUCCGAUGUCACACUUCGUGAACUAGAAGCCAGUGACUACUUCGUUUCCGCCGAUGAGGACAACGUUACGGCUUGGCCUGAGGCCCUCCAACAGGCUCGCGAGAAAGAACUGGUGAUGUGUGCGUUCGGUGCUAUGGUCUCGUACUUGCGUCUGCUCAAGAUCGAGCGGGACUUGAUUACCAUUGGUAAUUUCACAUGGUAUGAUCCAAUCAAGAAGGCCACCAGUCUUGUGUUGGAUGGACAGACUUUGAUCAACAUGGAAAUUUUCGCCAACUCCUUUGAUGGUGGUAUCGAGGGCACUCUUUUCCAGCUACUCAACCGCUGUAUCACGCCGUUUGGAAAGCGAAUGUUCAAGCAAUGGGUUUGCCACCCGUUGGUUGACUCGAAGAGGAUUAAUGCGCGCCUGGAUGCAGUGGAUUCAUUGAACGCUGAUCCAAGUGUUCGUGAUCAGUUCUCCGCGCAGUUGACGAAGAUGCCCGAUCUCGAACGUCUGAUCUCGCGAAUCCACGCAGGAAACUGUAAGGCUCAGGAUUUCGUGCGUGUUCUCGAAGGAUUUGAACAGAUCGAUUACACGAUGGGUCUUCUCAAGGAGAAUGGUGCCGCCUCAGACGAAAGUAUCAUUGGUGAGCUGACAGCUGCCAUGCCCGAUCUGGCGUCUCUUCUUAAUUACUGGAAGACUGCCUUCGAUCGCCCAAAGGCCCGGGACAAUGGAAUUCUCAUCCCUGAGACUGGCGUCGAGCAGGACUUUGACAAUUCCCAAGCGAUUAUUGAACAAAUCCACAAGGACCUCGACAACCUGCUCAAGAAGGCCCGUCGGGACCUGGGAUCCUCUGCGAUUUGCUUCCGCGACAACGGCAAGGAAAUCUACCAGCUUGAAGUUCCCGUCAAGGUGAAGGACAUUCCUAAGGAUUGGAACCAGAUGUCUGCCACGAAGCAAGUCAAGCGUUACUACUUCCCGGAGUUGCGGAGUCACAUUCGCAAGCUGCAAGAAGCCCAGGAGACUCACAGCCAGAUCGUCAAAGAGGUCGCUGCGCGAUUCCAUGCUCGCUUCGAUGAGUCUUACAACACUUGGCUCGCUGCCGUGCGCAUUGUUUCGCAACUCGACUGUCUGAUCAGUUUGGCCAAGGCCUCUGGGGCUAUUGGCCACCCCAGUUGCCGUCCAGUCUUCGUGGAGGACGAGCGUAGCAUCCUUGAAUUUGAAGAGCUCCGCCACCCCUGUCUCCUUUCUUCCGUUGAAGACUUUAUUCCAAAUGACAUUCAGCUCGGUGGCAAGCAUGCUAACAUUGACUUGUUGACUGGUGCUAAUGCCGCCGGAAAGUCUACUCUUCUGAGAAUGACCUGUGUCGCCGUCAUUAUGGCUCAAAUUGGAUGUUACCUUCCCUGCCAAUCUGCCCGAAUGACGCCCGUCGAUCGAAUCAUGUCUCGCCUUGGAGCCAAUGACAACAUCUUCGCCGCUCAGUCGACCUUCUUCGUCGAGCUGUCCGAAACCAAGAAAAUCCUAUCAGAGGCUACGCCACGCUCCCUAGUUAUUCUCGACGAGCUUGGUCGUGGAACUAGCUCCUACGAUGGUGUUGCCGUCGCCCAAGCCGUUCUGCACCACAUUGCAACACACAUCGGUGCACUAGGCUUCUUCGCAACACACUACCACUCUCUCGCUGCCGAGUUCGAAAACCACCCCGAAAUCUCACCCAAGCGCAUGGCCAUUCACGUUGACGAUGCCGAACGUCGCGUCGCUUUCCUGUAUAAGCUCGAGCAAGGUGUUGCCGAGGGUAGUUUCGGUAUGCACUGUGCGUCCAUGUGUGGAAUCCCCAGCAAGGUCAUCGAAUGUGCCGAGAAUGCCGCCAAGCAAUGGGAGCACACAAGUCGACUGAAGGAGAGCCUUGACCGCCAGAAAGGUGGUGGGUACGUUGGUCUCGGGUGGUGGAGUGAUGUUGCCUGGGCAUUGCGCGAUUCUGCUCCCCAGGAUGAACCCAACAGUGGUGAUAUCACGGAUCGCGGUCUUGAUGUCUUGAUGAAAGCUAUCGAGGCGCUUUGA